UCAUUGCAUUCAGCAGAUCCUGGAGGCCGUGCUCCACUGCCAUCAGAUGGGCGUAGUCCAUCGCGACCUCAAGCCUGAGAACUUACUUUUAGCUAGCAAAUCCAAGGGAGCAGCAGUAAAACUGGCAGACUUUGGAUUGGCUAUAGAAGUCCAAGGAGAACAACAGGCUUGGUUUGGCUUUGCUGGUACUCCAGGAUACCUUUCUCCAGAGGUGUUACGAAAAGAUCCUUAUGGAAAACCUGUGGAUAUGUGGGCAUGUGGUGUCAUUCUGUAUAUCCUCCUGGUGGGAUAUCCUCCUUUCUGGGAUGAAGACCAGCACAGGCUUUACCAGCAGAUCAAGGCUGGUGCUUACGAUUUUCCCUCACCUGAAUGGGAUACAGUGACUCCUGAAGCAAAAGACCUUAUCAACAAAAUGCUUACCAUCAACCCAGCAAAACGUAUCACAGCAUCAGAAGCACUAAAGCAUCCAUGGAUCUGUCAACGUUCUACUGUUGCCUCUAUGAUGCACAGACAAGAGACUGUAGAUUGCUUGAAGAAAUUCAAUGCAAGAAGAAAACUAAAGGGGGCCAUUUUGACAACUAUGCUGGCUACCAGAAAUUUCUCAGCAGCCAAGAGUUUACUGAAAAAGCCGGAUGGAGUUAAGCCAAAAAUAAACAACAAAACCAACGUGGUAACCAGCCCCAAGGAAAAUAUUCCUACCCCGGCGCUGGAGCCCCAAACUACAGUAAUCCACAACCCUGAUGGAAAUAAGGAGUCAACAGAGAGUUCCAAUACAACCAUUGAAGAUGAGGAUGUGAAAGCUCGUAAGCAGGAGAUUAUCAAGGUUACUGAGCAGUUGAUUGAAGCUAUCAACAAUGGGGACUUUGAAGCUUACACAAAAAUCUGUGAUCCAGGCCUUACAUCUUUUGAACCUGAAGCACUGGGUAAUCUAGUAGAAGGGAUGGACUUUCACCGGUUUUACUUUGAAAAUGCUUUAUCCAAAAGUAAUAAGCCAAUCCACACCAUUAUCCUCAAUCCUCAUGUCCACCUCGUGGGUGACGAUGCUGCUUGCAUUGCGUAUAUACGGCUCACACAGUACAUGGAUGGAAGCGGGAUGCCAAAGACUAUGCAGUCAGAGGAAACGCGGGUCUGGCACCGUCGUGAUGGGAAAUGGCAGAAUGUUCAUUUUCACCGUUCAGGGUCACCGACAGUACCUAUCAAUGCCUAGCACAGCGGGAUCCCAAUCACGACUUCGGCCCCUAGAUGCUACGCUAAAAAUAUCAGCGGUGCCGCUCUUGCAUUUUCUGUACCCAACGCACCUGGUUGAUUACCAUCUUGGCCAUCCCGUACUCUUCAUGCAUGUUUCUGAGUGCAUGAAGUUGUGAAGGUUCUUCAUGUAACACAUUUGUGAUGCACCAUGUUGCUGUAUAUUCCAUCUGUACACUGUUAACAUUUCAAUGAAAGUGAUGUUCCAUGCAAAUAGAGAAUAAUAAGGCAUAAAAGACAAAAAAAAUAUUUGAUGGGCAGCAGUAGAUAAAGAGUACAUUUGUCACUUUCUCCAUUUAUGCCAAGUUUUGACAGACAACUUUAAAAACUGUUCCGUUUAU